AUGGCUACAGGACAGAAACUUUAUCCUCGAGCCAAUCUUAAGAAGAUUGUUAAAGCUCAUUCCAAGCGUAAUCUCACCAAAAAUGUUGAUGUAUUGAUCUUCCUCGAUUAUAUGCUAUUUCUCGAAACGUUAAUGAAGGAAGCUGGUAUCAAUGCGAAGCAGGCUGGAGAGCGUAGCAUUAGUGCCAAGAGUAUUAAAAAGGUUACUGAAGUACGAUACCAUUGGUGGUCGACAAGCAUGAGGAGGAAGAAGAAGAAGAAGAAGAAGAAGAAGAAGAAGAAGAAGAAGAAGAAGAAGAAGAAGAAGAAGAAGAAGAAGAAGAAUGUAUUGGACUGA